GAAAUAAUAUCCAUCACGGAAGUAGACGGAAACAUCAACAGACUCUAACUACUUCAACGAGUGAUUUGUGCGGGGAUUCCCUAUUGAAUCGAUCGUCGCAUCGCAUCGCAUCGAAUCAUGUCUGCCAACGAGACUCCUCGCUUUGAGACCCUGCAGCUGCAUGCUGGCCAGGAACCUGACCCGACCACAAGAGCCCGCGCUGUUCCCAUCUAUGCCACCACGUCCUACGUUUUCAAUGACUCCGCCCAGGGCGCGAGGCUCUUUGGCCUCAAGGAAUUCGGCAACAUCUACAGCCGUAUCAUGAACCCCACCGUCGAUGUCUUCGAGAAGCGAAUUGCUGCUCUCGAGGGCGGUGUUGCCGCUGUGGCCGCCUCCUCCGGCCAGUCCGCGCAGUUCAUGGCCUUUGCUGCCCUGGCUCACGCUGGCGACAACAUCGUCGCGACCAGCAACCUGUACGGUGGCACUUACAACCAGCUCAAGGUUCUCUUGCCUCGUCUGGGAAUCACGACCAAGUUCGUCCAGGGAGACAAGGCAGAGGAUAUCGCGGCCGCCAUCGAUGACCGCACCAAGGCCGUUUACCUCGAGACCAUUGGAAACCCGCGUUACAACGUUCCUGAUUUCGAGGCGAUCGCCAAGGUUGCCCACGAGAAGGGGGUUCCACUUGUGGUCGACAACACCUUCGGAGCAGGCGGCUACUUCGCCCGUCCCAUCGACCACGGCGCCGAUAUCGUCGUCCACAGCGCAACCAAAUGGAUCGGCGGCCACGGCACCACCAUCGCCGGCGUCGUCAUCGACAGCGGUAAAUUCGACUGGGGCAAGCACGCCGCUCGAUUCCCCCAGUUCGUCGAACCGGCCGAGGGCUACCACGGCCUCAAAUUCUGGGAGACCUUCGGACCCAUCACCUUCGCGAUCCGCGUGCGCGUCGAAAUCCUGCGCGAUCUGGGAACGGCCCUGAACCCCUUCGCUGCGCAGCAGCUCCUGCUGGGUAUCGAGACGCUGAGUCUGCGCGCUGAGCGCCAUGCCUCCAACGCUCUGGCUCUUGCACGCUGGCUCCAGAAGAACGAGAACGUCACUUGGGUCUCGUACCCGGGUCUCGAGAACCACCCGAGCCACGAAACCGCAAAGAAGUACCUGAAGCGCGGCUUUGGUGGUGUGCUAUCUUUUGGCGUCAAGGGCGGUGCUGCUGCUGGUAGUCAGGUCGUUGAUGGCUUUAAGCUUAUUUCCAACCUGGCAAACGUCGGCGACUCCAAAACCCUCGCCAUCCACCCGUGGUCCACCACGCACGAACAGCUCUCCGACCAAGAAAAGCUCGAUUCGGGCGUCACCGAAGACGCGAUCCGCAUCUCCGUCGGCACCGAACACAUCGACGACAUCAUCGCUGAUUUCGAACAGUCCUUCAAGGCCGCUAGUGCUGCCGGACCGGAUAAGGCUGCUCUUCCGGAUAGGUCUGAUGCGUCUGCGCAGAGGGAGGUUGGGCUGCAGGGUUCUGUCUAAGUUAGAGUAGUUUUCGGAACUCAGAUGGUGGUAUUUUUUUUUUUUUUUUUGCUCAAUUUCAAUUGAAAGGAAGCAUCUCGGGCUUAGGAGAUGGUGGUGGUGAUUCUGUUCUUGUUUAUGCUUAAUUGUUGAGUGAUGAUUGUCGUAUAGAGAUGUCUGAGCUCUCCAUUCAUGAUACCAUAUUAUAUGAGAUCUCUUUUUAUCCAUUUUAUUAUAUCGAUGUCUUCUUCUGUGCCAAAAUGGAAACGAAAAUUAUGCAC